AUGGGGUUGUGGGAUACUCUGGCGCGGCUUCUGGGCCAAAAGCGAAAAGAGCAUGAUAAAGCAGAGGAAGCGCAAGAAGUAUUAAAAGCGUCUAGAUUGAAGGCAGCAAAAGCAGCUCUAGCAGCUCUAGCAGAGAUUAGACAAGUCGAAUCAGAGUAUAAGAUUUCGUUGGAUAAGGCGAGUGGCAAGCGACCUGCCGACAAAAUUGGUCCAUCACCUUUUCGAAAGAAACCAAAACUUCUGGAGAAUCCAUUCACAGUCGAGGUAUGUCCUUCCUUUUUCCGCAGUCUUGGUGAAGUCCUAUCCUCCAUUCUACAGAAGAGUAACUGCAACCGAAGGCUAUUGGCCAUUACCAAUCCAUUUCUAAAGAUCAGAACCGCCUUACACUUGAAGGACAUGCCCUCUGAUAAUGUGGUUGAUGGACAGCUGAUGAAAGAAGAAGCUCUUGAUAAGGCCAUUGAUAUCCUCUUGCGUCCGGUAAUUACAACGAGAAAGCAGUACAAGGAUAGACUUAAUAAGAUUGUGUACGCAAGUCUUCUCCAAAACAUUAAACUGCUAUGCACUGGGGAUGUGGAAAUCGUGGCUGGAGGCAAGAAGCUUGGAAAAGUACACGAUACAACACUGGGCCCUUUAGAUAAUUUGGUGACAGGGAUAAUAAUCAAGUGUGAUGGAAACGGCGAUUCUAGGAAACUCGACCAAGGCUCGGCCUAUGCCAUCAAGGCUGCUAUCCAGAAUGCAAAGAGAGGAAGUUAUACUCCAAUUUACAUUCACGAUUGGACUAAAGAGAAACUGGCAUUUCAACCUCUACGUUCUAUAGCUUUGAACAACUCAGGGCUUUUGCAUCAGAUUUUAUUAGUUUUCGACUCUGGAAAGUUAGCGAGCUUAGAGUACGCUCAAAUGAUGUUCGCAUUGCUACUCGUCCUCGCUGCUUCUGCUGCUGCUGCUGCUGGGGCAGCAUCUAAGCUUUCUGAUGGCUCCAAUCUCUGCUUUCCAGCAAUGUUUGUGUUUGGAGAUUCGUACCUGGAUGUGGGCAACAAAGCCGCUCUGUAUCCGCAAGUGUUUCAGCAACCCGUCCCUCCAGUGAUCAUCAGCAACGAGCUUCCGUACGGGCAGACAUUCUUUGGCCACGCAACCGGACGCUUCUCCGACGGCCGGAUGAUCUCAGAUUUCUUGGCUGAAGCUCUUGGAUUUGAGGAUUUCCCUGGUGCUUACUUUCAGCCACUCGCUUCCAGCUUCCGGUAUGGUGCAAACUUUGCUCUUGGUGGAGGAACGGCUAUCGAGCAUAGUUUCUACGAAUCUCGCAAUGUCACCACCGUAGUUCCUUACUCGCUGCUCGAUGAGCUCGGCUGGUUUCUAAGAUUUAAGAAGCUGGCUAGGCAGCAGAGACAACACAAGCUGGCAGUGACUGCGUUCUCCAAGGGACUCUACGUAAUAGGCGAGAUUGGAAGCAACGAUUACACAGUCGGGCUCUUUAAGGGAGGCAUGAGUCCUGACGUGCUGAACUGUACGCUGUUGCCACUUGUGAGAGGAUCCAUAAAGCAUUUCUUUGAGGAGUUGCAUGGAUCCGGGGCGAGAAACUUUCUGUUCAUUGGGAUGCCUCCGGCAGUGGAUAAUCCAGCCUACAGAUCGUUUGGAAAUUUUGUUAACAGGGAGAAGCUCUACAACCUGACUGCUGCGCACAAUGCCAUGCUGAGAAAACUGGUCAAAGAUCUGAAAGCCAAAUACACUGAUAGCUUUCUUGCAUUUGCGGACUUCGAAGGAAUCCACAAAGACGUCAUGAACAAUCCUGGAAAACACGGAUUCACUGAUACGAGUUCAGCUUGCUGUGGCGCCGAGGGGCCCUUCAACUUCAACAUCAGCAUUGGAUGCGGGCAGCCAGGCUACACUUUGUGCACAACUCCGGCCCAGUUCGUUUUCUGGGAUUUCAGCCACUACACGGAAAAGUUUGCGCAGGUUGCGACCAACGCGUUUGUGUCUGGGAAGUAUUUGCAUCCGCCAGAUGCAUUCACUCGAAAAUGCGGUGGCAAGCUCAAAAAUCUCAUAUGA